CACCUGUCAAAAAGUUGGCACAAACGUGCCCUUUGUCACAAAGUGAUUUCUGGUACAUAUGUACCUAUGCCACCUUCAUUGCCGCACCACCUUCAACCUACACUGUUCUGAGGGUUUUUCGUUUGGUAGCCUGUACACACAUCGCAAUAUCUGUAGGAACAUCAUGUAUUGCAGACUAAAUACCGUCAUUCCACGGCUCGUUAAGGAAAAGGGUCUUACCAGACCGAUUUUCAAGGGAUGUACGUACCAGGCAGUAGCACAAUUACACAGGGAGCCUUUGCAUCCAGAAUGGGCAGAAAAGGCUAAAAAGGAAAUAAAGGGUGCAGAUCCAAAUGAAAAACUCAUGUGGAACACCCCUGAGGGUAUUAAGGUAAAGCCACUGUAUACUAAACGAGACACACAACAUGCGGAAGAGGAGACCCCAGGGAGUUUUCCAUUCACAAGAGGACCAUAUGCAACCAUGUACACUCAUCGACCUUGGACAAUUCGUCAGUAUGCAGGAUUCAGUACUGUGGAAGAAAGUAACAGGUUUUAUAAAGAAAACAUCAAAGCUGGCCAACAAGGAUUGAGUGUAGCAUUUGAUCUUGCUACUCACAGGGGUUAUGAUUCAGAUAAUCCACGGGUGCAUGGCGAUGUUGGAAUGGCAGGGGUUGCUGUUGAUUCAGUCGAGGACAUGAAGCAAUUGUUUGAUAGCAUCCCGUUAGACAAGAUGAGCGUUUCCAUGACAAUGAAUGGCGCGGUAUUGCCAGUAUUAGCCAUGUACAUUGUAGCUGCAGAGGAACAAGGUGUGAGCCAUGACAAGCUGUCCGGUACUAUUCAGAAUGAUAUAUUGAAGGAAUUUAUGGUGCGAAAUACAUACAUUUAUCCUCCAGAGCCCUCAAUGAGAAUUGUUGGAGAUAUUUUUGAGUUCACAUCGAAGUACAUGCCUAAAUACAACAGUAUUUCUAUAUCUGGUUACCACAUGCAAGAGGCAGGGGCUGAUGCUAUUCUUGAAAUGGCAUUUACGAUUGCAGAUGGUUUAGAGUAUUGCAGAACAGGAAUCAAGGCUGGAAUGGACAUAGAUAAAUUUGCACCACGUCUUUCUUUCUUCUGGGGUGUUGGCAUGAAUUUUUAUAUGGAAAUCGCAAAAAUGAGAGCUGCUCGCCGACUUUGGGCUAAUCUGAUCAAGACGAAGUUCAACGCCAAGAACCCAAAAUCCUUGCUGUUGAGGGCUCAUUCACAAACGUCUGGGUGGUCAUUGACUGAACAGGACCCAUACAAUAACAUCAUCCGAACGACGAUUGAGGCAAUGGCAGCUGUGUUUGGAGGCACCCAGUCACUGCAUACUAAUUCGUUCGACGAGGCAUUGGCAUUGCCGUCAGUAUUCAGUGCAAGGCUUGCAAGAAACACACAAAUUAUUCUGCAGUCGGAGUCUGGAAUACCCAACGUUGCAGACCCAUGGGGCGGCUCAUAUAUGAUGGAAAGCCUUACUAAUGAGAUAUAUGAAGAAGCAAAGAAAGUCAUAGAUGAGAUUGAAGAAAUGGGAGGUAUGGCAAAAGCUGUCGCAUCAGGAAUGCCAAAACUGCGUAUCGAAGAAUGUGCUGCUAAAAGGCAAGCACGAAUCGAUUCAGGCCAAGAGGUCAUUGUCGGCGUAAAUAAGUACAAGCUGGCAAAUGAAGAUCCUGUCGAUGUUCUUUGUGUAGACAACACGAAAGUACGAGAAAGCCAGGUUGCAAAAUUACAACGCAUUAGAGAUACCAGAGAUGCUGCAGCUGCCAAGAAAGCCCUUGAUGACAUUACAGAGGCAUGUGAAAGUAGCAGCGGAAAUCUUCUUGAUUUAGCAGUUAAGGCGUCCAGAGCAAGAUGUACCGUUGGGGAAAUCAGCGAUGCCAUGGAAAAAGUCUACAAACGCCAUGUAGCCAGUGAUCGUAUGGUGAGUGGUGCCUACAAAACAGAAUAUGGAGAAGCCAAUGAAAUUGAAGAAGUGGGCCACAGGAUCAAACAAUUUAUGGAAAUGGAAGGUCGUCGCCCAAGACUUCUAGUUGCCAAGAUGGGUCAGGACGGGCAUGAUCGUGGAGCCAAAGUCAUUGCCAGUGGAUUCGCCGAUCUCGGAUUCGAUGUUGAUGUUGGGCCUCUCUUCCAGACGCCUAAAGAAUGUGCCCAGUUGGCUGUUGAUUCGGAUGUCCAUGCAGUGGGAGUGAGUACGCAAGCAGCUGGCCACAAGACACUGGUACCAGAAUUGAUAAAUGCGCUGAAGGAACUCGGAAGAGAGGACAUAAUUGUUAUUGUUGGCGGUGUGAUACCACCUCAAGAUUACCCAUUCCUGUUCGAAUGUGGAGUCUCGAGUGUUUUUGGACCAGGUACAAAAAUCCCUGAAGCUGCAUGCAAAGUGAUUGACGACAUUGAAGCCAACCUCAAUGGACCAGGGGGUGAAAAAAUGAGCAAUUAAUCUGAAAUGACGUUUUGUGUGCCUUUGCAGGUUUCUGCUUUGCUUAAUAAUAAUGAUUGAUGUUUAACUUCAUGCUGUAGAUUUGUACAUAAUAUCACUUUUCUGUGUUCAAAUUUCUCUACUUUCAUACAACGCAUCAUUUACAAUACUGAUCAUGGAAAAUUUUAGGCCUUUGAUAGUUUCAUUUCAUA